AUGAAGGAUAGCAUAUUUUUUUUACUACUACUGUCGUCGACUGUUCUAGCACAAACAGGAUUUCCAUUACCUGGGGCAGGAGUAUCCAGUUCAACACCUACAGGUAGAAUCUUCGUCAGGAUAAAUGUUUUGUACUAUUUUCUAGAAACCUCUGAAAAAUCGGUAGCGUCUUCUUUGCCACACCCUACUGUACUUGCCCAAAAAGGAUCAACUGAUCAAACACCUGGGCAGAUCAUGGAUGGAAGCUUAUCAAUUUCACCGAAUAUUAUUUCGACGGCUUCAUCAAAUGGGAAAUCUUCAGAGGCACCAGCUGGAACAACUGUUUCCACUGAACCAACUCCCGAAAACUCAGCGGUUAUAACUGAUUCUUCUGUUGAACCAUCUCAUGAAACUUCUACUCAAGGAUUGAUCAAAAUCACGUCUUCUCCAGUGGACGUCCCUGAUUCAAAUAUAUCUACACAAUCACCAUCUGAGAGCACAGCUUCAUCAAAUGGUGCAAUUGAAGAAACUUCAAACACCGUGAAAUCUAAUGUAGCAGAAAAUACAACAAAUGGAACAUCUGGAACCUUUUCAGAUGAUACCAAAAAGUCAUCAGUUAGAACGUCAGCACUUCCAGUAGAGUCGUCAGAUGGGACUUCAACCCCAUCAUCCGUCGAAACGGAUACAGUCAAUUCCAAUAUAGGAUCUGAUUCAUCGGAUACAGCAAGAAGUUCAUCUGUUGGUCCAUCUGUAUCUGCUGAUGAUGCAUCAUCAUUCACAAAUUCUGGUUCCACAAGUUCUUCAUUCAAUGGAGUAUCAAAAGUGGUUUUCGAAGGUAUCAUCGGAGAAACCCCGUCAACAUCAGAAUCUUCAACUGGUGGAAGUGGGGACAGUAAUGCAACGACACCUUCUAGCAACGACUCCGAAUUACACCAUGAGACAACAGCAUUUUCAUUUGAACACUGGCUAAGGCAGAUUAACCGUUCUGAAGAUUCUACUGACCAUCCAAUUGCUGACACUACAAAUGAAACAACUUCAAAUUCAGUGCAAACCGAAAAAGCAACCACUACAAAAUGCGUGGAUGGGGAGGGCGAUGACUGUUUCGACGAAGAAGAAACUGAAGAAUAUGAUGAUGAUGAUGAUUCCGAGUACGAUUACGAAGGUCCGAGUAAGCCCCGAGAAGAACCAACAAAGACACCAAAAAGCGAAAAACUCGAGUCAACCACACGGAAAAGGCGUUUGGGGAAUUGGGUAUAUGGAUUUGAGGAUAAAAAUGAUGAGGAUGAUAAUAAUAUUGCGAAAUUCGCUCAUCAAGAAGAGCACCUUUAUCAGCCAAAAUAUGCAGCUCACCAUGGUUCAGAAGAUGUUUCAGUCGAACCAUAUGGAAAACAUGAGCACAAAUACAUGGACUUUUCGAAUGGAUUUGCUAAUAAGCGUUUUACGGCGAUUUCUAUUAUUUCUGCAAUGUUCGUUUUCUUCCUUUAA